ACUCAAAAUACAAGUAAAAUUGGUGUCUUCUGUCGGUAGAAAAUUUACAAUAUCUUGUACUUUUAUUGUUUUUUCACGCUCCGAAAAUCUUUGUAGUUUUCAUGGGUCUCGUUUUUUGAUAGAUCAAGGUUAUCAAUUGAGGGUUAGCUCUCUAGCUUGCUCAUUUGAAAAAAAUUGAGUUAACUUUAUAGUUGGUGAGAACUGCUGAGUAUGAGGAAAGCUGCUAAUUAUCAAUCAGGAAGGAUAUUCAGUGACCGAAGGUGGAAAAUUCCGUUCUUUGUGAGUUUGCUUGUGUCAAUUACUCUAUUUACUGUUACCAUUUUUGGACUAUACUCUUCAUCGUAUGGAAGAGAUGAAUUGCAAGUCGACAUUGUUUCGUUUGAAAAUUCUGAGGACUUGGACGGGUACUUUGUGGAAUCGGAUUUAAUGAAGUCAUUUAAGUCGAAUAAGGCCUCUAAAACAGAGCCACCAAGAUUUGCUUAUCUCAUUUCCGGUACUAAGGGCGAUAGUCAAAGGAUGAUGCGGACAUUGCAAGCGGUGUAUCAUCCGAGAAAUCAGUAUAUUCUGCAUAUGGAUCUCGAGGCUCCCCCACGGGAGAGGUUAAAUUUGACACUGUCAGUGAAGAAUGACCCAACAUUUAGCGAGGUGGAGAAUGUGCGUGUUAUGUCGCAAUCCAAUUUGGUGACUUACAAAGGUCCUACGAUGAUUGCUUGUACCCUUCAAGCCAUAGCGAUUUUGUUGAAGGAGAGCUCAAAUUGGGACUGGUUUAUCAAUCUAAGUGCUUCCGAUUAUCCUCUUGUGACACAAGACGGUCAGUUGAAUACUCAGUGCUCUACUUAACUAUAUGAAAUGGUGUUCAUUCAUGUUAUAUUGUUGAUAUCUUUUAUUUUUACUUAUUGUGAAAGAGGUCUCCUCAUCUAUUCUAUCCUGUCGUUGAAAAUGAAAAUAAAAAUGAAAAUGAUGAAGUUAUUCACAUGGAAAAUGACUGAUAAGGUAUGUUGCUGCACAUAUACAACAAGAUACAAGAUCAUGAUUUAAACCCUUUAUUGAAUCAGUAAAUAAUUACAUUGAUAGUAUGCAGAGGCAAGGAUGAUAUAGUAGUAAAGAUUAUGAACUUCUGAUUUUCAAGUUCUGCCAUUUCAGGACUGGUUUCUUAGGAAUGAUAUUUACUUUGAAAUGUUUCUUAUUUUAGAUGAAUGCUAUUAAUGAGUAUGCAUGGAUUUAAGUUGCAAAGUGAAGUAAUUCUUUAUUAGUUGAGUCAUAGUAAUACAACUGCGGUGGCAGAAUAAUGUUGGGAACUUGAUUGUAGGACGUGCCUGGUGAAAGUGGGAUUCUUUCAAUGCUUUGUUACACACUUGAAUAAUGUGUUCAUUUUUU